UCGGGGUAUUUAAACAAGGACGUGUCGCCUGCGAAUUGCGAAUUCAAAGCUCAUUGACUGUUUUUCUCAGCAUCACAAGAUAACACGACCGAAAUCAGACACAAUGGCUAAGCCCGACGGACUCCCCGCUAUGACAUACCGAUUCCUGGGACGCUCAGGUCUCCAGGUCUCGUCCAUUUCACUGGGAGGAUGGCUCACUUACGGUGGCCACGUUGAUCGAGAGGGCACAUAUGCAUGCAUGAAGGCUGCGUACGACUCUGGCGUCAACUUCUUUGACUGCGCCGAAGCCUAUGCCGGGGGCGAGUCCGAGAUUGUCAUGGGCGAGGCCAUCAAGAAGUACGGCUGGAACCGCAAUGACUUGGUCAUUUCCACAAAGAUCUACUGGGGUGGUGCCUUUGGCAAGAACCCCGUCAACAACCUGGGCCUCUCCCGAAAGCACAUUGUCGAGGGCGUCAACGCCUCCCUGAAGCGCCUGGACCUCGAGUACGUCGACCUCAUCUACGCCCACCGCCCCGACCGCAAGACGCCCAUGGAGGAGACGGUCCGCGCCUUCAACCACAUCAUCGACUCCGGCAAGGCCUUUUACUGGGGCACCUCGGAGUGGACCGGCGUCGAGAUCGCCGAGGCGUGGCGCGUGGCCGACCGGCUGGGCCUGAUCGGACCGCUGAUGGAGCAGCCGGCGUACAACAUGCUCAACCGCGCAAAGGUCGAGGGUGACUACCAGUUCCUGUACCGCCAGCACGGCCUGGGUCUCACCGUCUUCUCGCCGCUGUACCAGGGCAUCCUGUCCGGCAAGUACAAGAACGGCAUCCCCGACGACUCGCGCUUCGCCCAGACCGAGGUGCCCUUUAUUGCCGGCUACUGGAAGCGCACCGGCAAGGAGGCCUGGCAGGAGAUUAUCAACCGCGUCAACAAGCUGGAGCCCAUUGCAGACCGGCUGGGCGUCAAGCAGGCUGCCCUGGCGCUGGCCUGGGUGCUCAAGAACGACAAUGUCAGCUCUGCCAUCACGGGCGCCAGCAGCCCCGAGCAGGUGUAUGAGAACAUCAAGGCGUUGGAGGUUGUGGACAAGUUGACGCCGGAGAUAUUAGCCGAGAUUGACGACAUUUUGGGCAACAAGCCGCCUCAGCUGAAUGACAGAGAGUAGAUUGAAACAUGUGUAAAAUAAAAGCAAAAGUAGUCUGAUUAUUGGGUUUACUAAAAAUAGCAAAAAAAGCCAAGCAAUAUAAUGAGUUAUGGAUGAUUUUGGGUACAUUUCAACAUUAAAACACAGCCUCAUAAUCACA